AUAUACCAGCCUGCCUUCUGUUCGGAGUGAUCACAUGUAUAGCUAGCUAGGUCACUCUGAAGGGAAAGAGAAAAUGGCUGGAGUGGGAAGAAAUAGGCUGCUGUUGAUCUGCUAUCUCCUCCUCCUUGCUAUGCUUAUCACUGGUGGUGGUGGUGUUCUAGCUGCUCGUCCGUUCUCGCCUUGGACUCUCGAGACAGAACAUGAGGGCUUAGCGAGACCAGAAGGAGGACCACCUGCCGUGGGGAGCUGGCCAACGGCGGUGAUGGACCGGCGCCAGAGGAGGCGGCGGCUGGUGGGGUCGAGGGCUCCGACGUGCACCUACAACGAGUGCCGGGGUUGCCGGCACAGGUGCAGCGCUCGUGGAGUCCCCGUCGACGCCACUGAUCCGAUAAACAGCGCCUACCACUACAGAUGUUUCUGCCAUAUCUAGGUGACGCUUCGGCUGUUGUGUUGUUUGCUUGUUUUGACGACGAAAAUGGAGUGUUUAUGUGCUAGAUUCGCAUGGAUAUAUGGUUGUCUACUUGUCUUUGUCGAAUAAAUGGGGCAGAAGACCAGUUGCUAGUGUUAAUUGACCGAGAUGAACUAGUAAGGCCAUCUCUAGCUUAUCGAUCUGUGAUGUCGCAGGUCUAAGUAUUGAUUCUGAUCCCUUAUUCUGUAUAACGUUGCAUGAAGAGUGGAUUUAUUUGUGUACCUUAA